AUGGUCUCGUCUUAUCAUAAUCGCGACGGCAGCAUCAGUCAUGAUGCAGCUUACGCGCACGCCACCCCGUCCGAGCGCACAGCGGUCGACUCUGCCGAUGACCUCCUCGCCAAGAUGGGUUACAAGGCAGAGCUCGUACGCACUCGUUCGACUCUCCAAGCCGCCUUCAUGUCUUUUGUCCUCGCUUCCAUUCCAUACGGUCUCUCCACGACGCUCUACUACCCUCUGCAGGGCGGUGGUCCGGCUGUCGUCAUUUGGGGCUGGGUCCUCGUUUCUUUGAUUAUUCUCUGCGUCGCGGCGUCACUUGGCGAGAUUACCUCGGUCUAUCCCACCGCUGGCGGUGUCUACUACCAAACCUUUAUGCUCGCGCCGCACAGCAUCAAGCGCGUCGCGGCUUACAUUUGCGGCUGGGCGUAUGUUGUCGGAAAUAUUACAAUCACCCUUGCGGUCCAGUUCGGCACGACCCUCUUCUACGUCGCGUGCAUCAACGUCUUUGAAAAGGAACCAGGAGUCGGCAUUUGGGAGGCCGAAACCUACCAGAUCUUCCUCGUCUUCGUUGCCAUCACGAUUCUUUGCAACAUUAUUUCGGCUACGUGCAAUCGCUGGCUGCCGUACCUUGACACAUUUGCCAUUGCUUGGACCUUCUUGGCCCUUAUCUGCAUCUGCGUCACAAUCUUGACUGUUGCAAAGAACGGUCGCCGCUCCGCCAAAUUCGCAUUUGGUGGCUUUGAGCCCUCGUCCGGCUGGCCUGCAGGCUGGUCGUACUGCGUUGGCCUCCUCCACGCUGCGUAUGCGACUUCGUCGACUGGCAUGCUUCUUAGCAUGUGCGAAGAGGUUCAGGCCCCUGCUACCCAGGUCCCCAAGGCCAUGGUCCUUACCAUCUGCCUCAACACAUUCGGUGGCCUCCUCUUCCUCGUUCCUCUCAUGUUCGUUCUCCCUAACCUCGCCGAUCUUGUUGCCCUCGAGUCUGGACAGCCGACCCCCAGCAUCAUCAAGUCUGCCGUCGGCUCAUCCACUGGCGCGUUCCUCCUCCUUCUUCCUAUCAUGAUCCUCGGUCUUCUCUGCGGCACUGCGUGCACCACUGCCGCGUCGCGUUGCACCUGGGCGUUCUCGCGUGACGGCGCCAUUCCCGGCGCCAAGCUGUGGAGCAAGGUCAACACCAAGCUCGACGUUCCCCUCAAUGCCAUGAUGCUGUCAAUGGCUGUCCAGAUUGUCCUUGGGGUCAUCUACUUUGGCUCGCCCGCGGCGUUCAACGCCUUCUCGGGUGUCGGUGUCAUGACUCUUACCGCCUCGUACGCCACUCCCAUUUUCGUUUCGAUGCUCCAGAAGCGCCGCCAGGUUGAGGCCGCGGCAAAGUUCCCGCUCGGCAAGUUUGGCUGGGUUUUGAACACUGUGGCAGUUGCUUGGUCUUUCCUUGCUCUCCCGCUGUUCUGCAUGCCUGCACUCCUGCCGGUCACCGCAGCCACUGUCAACUAUGCGCCUGUUGUCUUUGUCGCAUUCGUAGCCAUCGCCUCGAUUUGGUACUUUGCCUGGGGCCGCAAAAACUACGCCGGACCUCCUAAGGACGAGGUGCAGGAUGUCCAAGUCGCCGUGCGGCGCGCAUCCGAGGCGCACUUUAAGGGCGGGGCUCCGUCUGGGUUAGAAAAGAGCGUGUGA